UACAGAAAAUGGCAAUGGCCAAUGGCUAAUAUUUUCUUAAUGAUGACGAUAAUUAGUGCUUUGUGAUGACAAGAGUUUCUAUUCAGUCAAAUUUAUUUUAAAGAAUAUUCUAAACUUGAGGAUUCAGCAUUUUACCCAAGAGAAUUCAAAGGUACAUCAAGUAGUUCAUAAAUAGAAUAAGAAAUUUUCGAAAUGUCCAGAAGAUCUAGUAGGCUUUCAGCUAAAUCUCAAGUUCAGAAUGAAAUACGAUGUAAUUCUCCAAGUUUGAAAAAAAGUUCGAGGACUUCGAAUAGGACGAAUCCUUUGAGCAGUGCACCUGUGGAGGAACCUAAUGUCAGCGAAGUGAAAAUUGUUCUAAACCGAAAUGUAUUGAAAACUUCUGACAAAUCUAACGAUAGUUGUUAUGGAUCCAGCAACGACGAUAGCAGUUCUACAGAGGAAUCUAUCACAACUGUUAAAACCACUUAUUAUAAUUCUCCAGGAAAACGUAAAACGGCCCUUGAAUUAGACGAGAAUAUUUCUAGGACUCCACCUAAGCAAAGGAAACUCAAUAAUGAGGAUGAUGAAGAAAAUAAAAUAAUUAGUCCCAAAACGCCGUCCAGUUUACUAUCCAAAUUAGCUUUGAGCAGCCCAUCUAUAAAACAAGAAGAUUGUUCAAGUAGAAAAUCUUUGUGGCCUUCCAGUAGUAUUUAUCAAGAUGCUAAGAGAGCCUUACAUAGCACAACUCCAGAAGCUAUGCCAGGUCGUCAAAAAGAAUUCGAAGAACUAGAAUUCUUCAUAAAGGAACAUUUAGAAGAAAAGAGAUCUGGAAGCCUUUAUAUAAGUGGACCACCAGGCACUGGGAAAACCGCAUGUCUGACAUUGAUUCUGGAGAAUUCAAAAAUAGAAAAAGAUUUCAAAAAAGUAUAUGUGAACUGCACUUCGAUAAAAUCAGCUGGAACAAUUUAUUCAAGAAUUAUCAAAGAUCUGGGAGUGAAGGGUACUGCUAGAAGUGAAAAGGAAUACUUGAGCCUUAUUGAAAAACACUUUUUGAAUUCCAAGAAAAUGAAUUUGCUAGUAUUAGAUGAAAUGGAUCAGUUAGAAAGUAGGAACCAGUCAGUCUUAUAUACAAUAUUCGAAUGGCCAGCAAGAUUCAAAGAUAACGUUGUUCUGAUUGGUAUUGCUAAUGCUUUGGAUUUGACAGAUCGUAUAUUGCCAAGGUUACAAGCCCGCUGUGAAUUAAAACCCCAACUCCUCCACUUUACGCCUUACUCUAAACAACAAAUUCUUGAAAUUAUCACCUCUAGAUUAGAAGCUGCAGAUGCAGUCAAAGUAUUUUCACCUGCUGCUUUGCAGAUGCUUGCAGGUAAAGUUGCUGCUGUUUCAGGAGAUGUAAGGAGAGCUCUAGAUAUUGCUAGGAGGGUUGUGGAUAUUAUUGAAAAAGAAGGAAAAAUAGAUGUCUUGCAGUCCAUAGAGAAUUUUAGUGGCGAAGAGAUUAAGCCAGAUGUGAAAAAAGUAGAUUUGAAGGAAGUUGUUGGUGUAUUGAAUAAAGUAUAUGGAACCUCUCAAAAUUUGUCAGAUGACUGUGAUAGUGAUUUUCCUCUACAACAAAAAAUUGUUAUCUGUUCAUUAUUAUUGAUGUUGCAGCAUUGCAAGAGUAAAGAUAUAACUGUUGGUAAACUCCAUGAUUUAUAUAAGAGAAUUUGUACUAAGCGUAACUUGUUCUCAGUUGAUCAAGCAGAAUUUUUAGGUUUGUGUUCUUUGAUUGAAACUAAAGGUAUUAUGAGAGUGAGUGGUAAAAAGGAACCAAGGUUGCAUAAAGUUACUUUAGAGUGGGAUCAACAAGAGGUUAUAGAUGCCCUAAAAGAUAAAGUUUUAAUAUCCAGUAUUUUACAAGAUGAUAGUUUUUUCAACAAAUUUUAAAAGUGUUUUUUAUGAAUAGACAUUCUAAGUAUGUUUUAAUAAAACCUGUUUUAA